AUGAAACUUUUAUCGCCCGAGAAGACGACGCGAAAGACUGAGUGGCAAGCAGAAGGCUCUAAGAUAGCCGAGGAAGCUGCUGAGCACCCUGAAACAGAGAGUACUACACCUGGGCAGACCUCAACAAAAGAGUAUGAAGUGCCGUCAAAAGGCUCAGAGACAGUGGAGCAAGAUGUUGACAAGCCAGAAACAAUUGCCACGUCACCUGGGAAAAGCUCCAGGAAGAAGGGAAAGAAGAGAAAGACUGGUGGCAAGGCAAGAAAGAAAGCUGUCGAACCAGAGCCAACAACUAUCAGUCCACUUGAAAAUAUUGUCCUGGGCAAUACGGAGACACUGGAAAAGACCUCAGUGAAAAAACGUAUCAAGCGCUCUGCUGCUGAAAGCGAUUUGAAAGAGCCAGUAACUUUUCUGGGUGCUGGAACAUCAGAAACAGUACUGAUGGAACAACUGGGAGAAACAAAAUCCAAGAAAGCUAAGAAGAACGUUGGGGGACGUGGAAAAGCUUCUAAACCACAUAAAGAGAGGUCAAAGACAAGAGGAUUGAAACGUUCAGCUGAUGAAAGUGAGCAGCAAGAGAUUAUGUGGGCUGCUGCUAUUUCUGCGUCUACUUCAGCAACGAAGGAUGAGGUGCAGUCAAAAGACUCAAACACCGAAGAGCAAGAUGUUGAGACACCAGAAACAGUUGCCCCUCCACCUCAGAAGAGAUCAAAGAAAAAGGAUCAAGUCAAGUCAAAAGGCUCUCAAAUGGAGGGGCAAGAAGCUGUGCAGCCGAAAACAGUUGGCUCUGCACCUGGCCACACCUUACCAGAAGAGGGUAAAGAGCACUCAGAAGCCUCAGGGAAAGUGGAACAAGUUUUUGAGACGCAGAAAACCUCUACGUCUGUACCUGGGAAAAGCUCCAAAAAGAAGGGGAAGAAGGAAAAGACUGGUGGCGAGGCAGGAAAGAAAGCUGUCGAACCAAAACAAACAAUUGACACUCCAUCUGUAAAGAAGGCAACGAAAAAGCGCAAGACGGCUCUCUCUGGAGGGAAAACAACACCGAAAAAUGUCGGACUACCAGAAACAAGUGCCACUGUACUGGAAAAGGCCUCAGUGAGAAAACAGUCGAAACGUUCUGCUGGUGAACGUUAUUUGCAGACGCCAGUGACAUUUUCAGGCGCUGACGCACCUGCAGCAGCACUGAAGGUUGAGGAAGAAGCUGCAGAACAAAACUGGGCAGAUCAAGCUGGUACGCCUUCAGCUGCACAUGAUAUGCCAUCAGCUGCAUCUGAUGUGCCCUCAUAUGCAACGUAUGCGCCAUCAGCUGAACUUGACAUGCCAUCAUUUGAAAGUGGUGCACCUCCCGUACCCUCAGAUGCACCUGGCGCAGCUUCAGAUGCACCUACGGCACUUACAGAUGCAAUAGAAGAGCUCUUCCUUACACUCAGAAUAUCCUCAGAUGAACCUGGUGUGCCCUCAGCUGCACAUGACACGCACUCAGCUGAAACUGGCAUGUCCUCAGCAGAAACAGGCGUGCCCUCACCAAUACUUGGUGCGCCUGCACUUGCAUCUGGCGAGCCCUCAACAGCAGAUGUCAGCUAUGCCGCCGAGACAGCAGACUCCUCAAUGGAUCAAGUAAAGUCAAAAGGCUCUCAAAUGGAGUUGCAAGAAGCUGUGCAGCCGAAAACAGUUGGCGCUGCACCUGGCCACACCUUACCGGAAGAGGGUAAAGAGCACUCAGAAGCCUCAGGGAAAGUGGAACAAGUUUUUGAGACGCAGAAAACCUCUACGUCUGUACCUGGGAAAAGCUCCAAAAAGAAGGGGAAGAAGGAAAAGACUGGUGGCGAGGCAGGAAAGAAAGCUGUCGAACCAAAACAAACAAUUGACACUCCAUCUGUAAAGAAGGCAACGAAAAAGCGCAAGACGGCUCUCUCUGGAGGGAAAACAACACCGAAAAAUGUCGGACCACCAGAAACAAGUGCCACUGUACUGGAAAAGGCCUCAGUGAGAAAACAGUCGAAACGUUCUGCUGGUGAACGUUAUUUGCAGACGCCAGUGACAUUUUCAGGCGCUGACGCACCUGCAGCAGCACUGAAGGUUGAGGAAGAAGCUGCAGAACAAAACUGGGCAGAUCAAGCUGGUACGCCUUCAGCUGCACAUGAUAUGCUAUCAGCUGCAUCUGAUGUGCCCUCAGAUGCAACGUAUGCGCCAUCAGCUGCACUUGACAUGCCAUCAUUUGAAAGUGGUGCACCUCCCGUACCCUCAGAUGCACCUGGCGCAGCUUCAGAUGCACCUACGGCGCUUACAGAUGCAAUAGAAGAGCUCUUCCUUACACUCAGAAUAUCUUCAGAUGAACCUGAUGUUCCCUCAGCUGCACAUGACACGCACUCAGCUGAAACUGGCAUGUCCUCAGCAGCGACAGUCGUGCCCUCACCUAUACUUGGUGCACCUUCACUUGCAUCUGGCGAGCCCUCAACAGCAGAUGUCAGCUAUGGCGCCGAGACAGCAGACUCCUCAAUGGAUCAAGUAAAGUCAAAAGGCUCUCAAAUGGAGUUGCAAGAAGCUGUGCAGCCGAAAACAGUUGGCGCUGCACCUGGCCACACCUUACCGGAAGAGGGUAAAGAGCACUCAGAAGCCUCAGGGAAAGUGGAACAAGUUUUUGAGACGCAAAAAACCUCUACGUCUGUACCUGGGAAAAGCUCCAAAAAGAAGGGGAAGAAGGAAAAGACUGGUGGCGAGGCAGGAAAGAAAGCUGUCGAACCAAAACAAACAACUGACACUCCAUCUGUAAAGAAGGCAACGAAAAAGCGCAAGACGGCUCUCUCUGGAGGGAAAACAACACCGAAAAAUGUCGGACCACCAGAAACAAGUGCCACUGUACUGGAAAAGGCCUCAGUGAGAAAACAGUCGAAACGUUCUGCUGGUGAACGUUAUUUGCAGACGCCAGUGACAUUUUCAGGCGCUGACGCACCUGCAGCAGCACUGAAGGUUGAGGAAGAAGCUGCAGAACAAAACUGGGCAGAUCAAGCUGGUACGCCUUCAGCUGCACAUGAUAUGCCAUCAGCUGCAUCUGAUGUGCCCUCAUAUGCAACGUAUGCGCCAUCAGCUGAACUUGACAUGCCAUUAUUUGAAAGUGGUGCACCUCCCGUACCCUCAGAUGCACCUGGCGCAGCUUCAGAUGCACCUACGGCACUUACAGAUGCAAUAGAAGAGCUCUUAAUGACACUUAGCAAAUCCUCAAGUGAACCUGGUGUGCCCUCAGCUGCACAUGACACGCACUCAGCUGAAACUGGCAUGUCCUCAGCAGAAACAGGUGUGCACUCACCUAUACUUGGUGCGCCUUCACUUGCAUCUGGCGAGCCCUCAACAGCAGAUGUCAGCUAUGGCGCCGAGACAGCAGACUCCUCAAUGGAUCAAGUAAAGUCAAAAGGCUCUCAAAUGGAGUUGCAAGAAGCUGUGCAGCCGAAAACAGUUGGCGCUGCACCUGGCCACACCUUACCGGAAGAGGGUAAAGAGCACUCAGAAGCCUCAGGGAAAGUGGAACAAGUUUUUGAGACGCAAAAAACCUCUACGUCUGUACCUGGGAAAAGCUCCAAAAAGAAGGGGAAGAAGGAAAAGACUGGUGGCGAGGCAGGAAAGAAAGCUGUCGAACCAAAACAAACAACUGACACUCCAUCUGUAAAGAAGGCAACGAAAAAGCGCAAGACGGCUCUCUCUGAAGGGAAAACAACACCGAAAAAUGUCGGACCACCAGAAACAAGUGCCACUGUACUGGAAAAGGCCUCAGUGAGAAAACAGUCGAAACGUUCUGCUGGUGAACGUUAUUUGCAGACGCCAGUGACAUUUUCAGGCGCUGACGCACCUGCAGCAGCACUGAAGGUUGAGGAAGAAGCUGCAGAACAAAACUGGGCAGAUCAAGCUGGUACGCCUUCAGCUGCACAUGAUAUGCCAUCAGCUGCAUCUGAUGUGCCCUCAUAUGCAACGUAUGCGCCAUCAGCUGAACUUGACAUGCCAUCAUUUGAAAGUGGUGCACCUCCCGUACCCUCAGAUGCACCUGGCGCAGCUUCAGAUGCACCUACGGCACUUACAGAUGCAAUAGAAGAGCUCUUAAUGACACUUAGCAAAUCCUCAAGUGAACCUGGUGUGCCCUCAGCUGCACAUGACACACACUCAGCUGAAACUGGCAUGUCCUCAGCAGAAACAGGUGUGCACUCACCUAUACUUGGUGCGCCUUCACUUGCAUCUGGCGAGCCCUCAACAGCAGAUGUCAGCUAUGGCGCCGAGACAGCAGACUCCUCAAUGGAUCAAGUAAAGUCAAAAGGCUCUCAAAUGGAGUUGCAAGAAGCUGUGCAGCCGAAAACAGUUGGCGCUGCACCUGGCCACACCUUACCGGAAGAGGGUAAAGAGCACUCAGAAGCCUCAGGGAAAGUGGAACAAGUUUUUGAGACGCAAAAAACCUCUACGUCUGUACCUGGGAAAAGCUCCAAAAAGAAGGGGAAGAAGGAAAAGACUGGUGGCGAGGCAGGAAAGAAAGCUGUCGAACCAAAACAAACAACUGACACUCCAUCUGUAAAGAAGGCAACGAAAAAGCGCAAGACGGCUCUCUCUGGAGGGAAAACAACACCGAAAAAUGUCGGACCACCAGAAACAAGUGCCACUGUACUGGAAAAGGCCUCAGUGAGAAAACAGUCGAAACGUUCUGCUGGUGAACGUUAUUUGCAGACGCCAGUGACAUUUUCAGGCGCUGACGCACCUGCAGCAGCACUGAAGGUUGAGGAAGAAGCUGCAGAACAAAACUGGGCAGAUCAAGCUGGUACGCCUUCAGCUGCACAUGAUAUGCCAUCAGCUGCAUCUGAUGUGCCCUCAUAUGCAACGUAUGCGCCAUCAGCUGCACUUGACAUGCCAUCAAUUGAAAGUGGUGCACCUCCCGUACCUCCAGAUGCACCUGGCGCAGCUUCAGAAGUACCUAAGGCACUUACAGAUGCAAUAGAAGAGCUCUUAAUGACACUUAGCAAAUCCUCAAGUGAACCUGGUGUGCCCUCAGCUGCACAUGACACGCACUCAGCUGAAACUGGCAUGUCCUCAGCAGAAACAGGUGUGCACUCACCUAUACUUGGUGCGCCUUCACUUGCAUCUGGCGAGCCCUCAACAGCAGAUGUCAGCUAUGGCGCCGAGACAGCAGACUCCUCAAUGCCUGUGCAGCCAACAUCUACAAGAGGGGCAGAGACAGCAAGUGAUGCUCAAAUGGCACAGUUUUUUUCACAACUUGAGGCGGUGCCUUUGGUGACGAUUAAAUGUGCCUCUCUUAACUUCGGAGAAGACGUAAUCCCGGUCUAUUUCGGUGACUUCUCAAUUCCUGAAGUCGUGACGCCUGUGCAGCCAACAUCUACAAGAGGGGCAGAGACAGCAAGUGAUGCUCAAAUGGCACAGUUUUUUUCACAACUUGAGGCGGUGCCUUUGGUGACGAUUAAAUGUGCCUCUCUUAACUUCGGAGAAGACGUACUCCCGGUCUAUUUCGGUGACUUCUCAAUUCCUGAAGUCGUGACGAGCUUCGAUCCAGAUGCUGUGCCAAUGGAAGAGACAAUCAACAUUGAGACAGGACCUGUGCCUGCAACAGGGGAUCAGAUGCCGGCAGCUACAUCUUCUGACAGAACUGCUCAAGGUGGACAGGAGGAAGAGCCUGUGCCGUCGACCUCGACUGGCGUCACCCGGGCCCCGGGCCCGCAGCUGCGGCGCCGCCGCUGCAAGCGCAGGCGAUUCAACUGCGUCACUCCCCCCGCCACCAGCAGCAGCAGUGACGACUAGCGAGCCGGCUCAGCUUCCACGUCUUUCUUCAUUAUAUCAAAACAGUGUUACUGUUUCAUAAUUGUAUACGAGGAUUCCGAGAGCGGCUUUAAUUAUAUGUUUACACUGUUAUUGAAUAAUUGCAAUUUCAUAGCUGUAUAGGUGCUGUCAGAUCGCCUGUAAGAGAGAAAUAUACUUUCAAUAAAGAUUAGAAGAAUGCAUAAAA